CUCGUCUGCUUUUCCUCCUUUUAUUUUCAUUUUUUUUUCCCUUUCCCCGUUGUUAUCAAUGGGCUUAGUAGACAAGGUGUGUCAUCCUAGAGCGAGACAGACCACCACAGCGCAGUGAAUCAGAAGAGCGUGCCUUCCGGGUGGUAAGGAAGAGGUUGCCACGCAUGAGUCCUUGGACUGCUGCUGCAGGAACGUUAUGUUUUUGGUGGGUUGCAACCCUCCAGAUACAGUGAGCCAAAUCAUGCCUGCCUCUACCCAGGUAUCUGAGGAAAUAGCCUCAAGAUGAACUUCUUCCUGGAGAUGCUCCAAGUUAUCGGACUUUCAUUUUAUUACCUGUUGGAGUCACUAGUGUUUUUGAUUGUGCCUAAACGGAAGAAGAGCGUUGAAGGUGAAAUAGUAUUAAUAACAGGAGCAGGAAGUGGAAUCGGAAGACUUCUGUCUAUAAAAUUUGCCCGCCUUGGAGCCACACUGGUUCUUUGGGACAUUAAUCAAGAGGGGCUCAAGGAAACGAGUAGACUGGCCAAAGAAAAUGGAGCAGUAAGGGUACAGUCUUACAUCUGUGACUGUAGCAAAAGGCAGGAAGUCCACAGAGCAGCAGAUCAGGUUAAAAAAGAAGUAGGCGAUGUUAGCAUCCUAAUCAACAAUGCUGGUAUUGUAACUGGAAAGAGGUUUAUUGAUUGUCCAGAUUCGCUUGUGGAAAAAACCAUGGAGGUGAACAUAAUGGCACACUUUUGGACUUAUAAAGCCUUCCUCCCAGCAAUGAUGGCCUCUAACCAUGGACACCUGGUUAGUAUUGCAAGUUCGGCAGGACUCAUUGGGGUCAAUCGUCUUGCAGAUUACUGUGCAAGUAAAUUUGCAGCAAUUGGGUUUGCAGAGUCAAUUAGCUCAGAGAUGAGAGAUCUGGGAAAGACUGGUAUUAAAACCACAAUUGUAUGUCCUUACUUCAUAAACACAGGAAUGUUUGAUGGCUGUAAAACCAAGUGGCCACGUCUGCUUCCCAUUCUAGAGCCAGAGUACGUAGCUGAAAAGAUAGUCACUGCUAUUCGACAGAACCAAGAAAUGUUGAUACUACCACGCAGUCUGUAUCUUUUAUUUGCUUUGAAAAAUGUACUACCAGUGAAACUAAGUGUUCUCCUUGGAGACUUUGCUGGAGCCCUCCAUUUCAUGAAUUUCUUCAGGGGUCGAAGGAAGAACGACUGAAAAUAGAAUUGCUGAUAUUUGAUUCUUGUGCUAAAGUGAAGCGUGUUGGGGUGGUGGUGGGAAAGGUGUUCUUUUCUAGAAGCUGUGGAAUUAAGGUGCCUCACUUUGUUGGUAACAAUUUUUAAGGAAAUUGCUUUUCAAUCAGCUCUUAAUCAACAGCUUUGGCACAAACUGAUUAUUUUUAAUAUUUUUUUUUUUAGUCCAGUGAAAUGAUUUCUCUUCACCUCAUAGUGCAAAAACAUUAAUGGAAAUCAGUUGCCUUGGUGAUGUCUGUUAUAAUACCAUAACACCUUAAAUAAGUAUCUGCGUCACAAACUAAUAAUUGGCACUUUUAGCGGGAGAUAGGGCCAAGAAACCACAUGCAGUUGGUAUGGCUUCAGCAAAGCCUCUGGUGGAUGUGAUCUGUCAGUGUCACUCACUGGACCAUAAGGAGAGGCUGCACUGCAGAAGCUGUUACCAUUCUGUGGUAAACUGAGGGAUUCAAGAGUUUCCUGAAACAGCUGAUUUUAAAAUUCCAGUUGCUACAAAUGGAAGCUUUGUGAAGUGAAAAUAUUUACUGCGUUGGUGCAUAACCAGCGAAAUGCAUUUGGGGGGUGUCUCAGGACUCUAACUGAAUGUCCGGGGAAAAAAAUGAAUGUAAAUGAUGCAUUUGUGCUACUAAUGUCCUUUGUCUAAUUUAUUUUUAAAGCUAAUACUAUGUCUACAACUUUAAAGGAUACAAAGUCUCUGCCUACUAUAAGUGCACUAUUCUAAGAACAAAUUUAAAUUUUCCACUCCUAAGCAAAAUACACUAGUUACACAGCAUAAGACUGCCAGUCUAGGUGGGCUGUCAGACAUCUUGCCAGUUAAGACAACGAGCUACUAAAAGCAAAGGCAUUACAUGGCAUAAUCAGGGCUGCUUCUGGGAUUAUUUCAGAAAGGAAUGAUGCUGACAGACCUGAAGUGAAUGGGAUCACUAUAGACAAUGACUAUAGCUUGACUAAGUGUUAUGUUUUGUUCCUCUGAAUUGAGGGGAUUGCCUUGCAUCUACAGAGAUUAGUUUUACUUUCCGUUUACUCUUGGGACCAUUCAUUUAUUUGGACAAAUGCUGAGGAGGCCUCCCCCUCUUUGACAAUGGCCACUUGGAAAACUAAAAGCCCUUUCAGACUCUUGGUAAAUCCGAAACAAGAAAAAGGGGGAUUAUGCUUUAAAUGUAUGCCAUUUGAACAUAUGCUGGUUAAUCCCAUCUCAUGUCACAUUCAACUGGCAACUAGUAAUACCUGAAACUAAGACUAUACAAAACUCUUUAUCAUGCAAACUAAUGGAAGGAUAGUAUGAAGAAAAGGGUGUGGGGGGUUAUUUUUUGUUUUAAAUGUCUCUCUUCCAUAUUGGUCUAGAGACGGACUACCUUCAUUUCCCUUGUCUAUGCAAUUAGUGAGGUUUAUCAGUUGAUAAAAAGUUACAUAAAACUAUUUUACUACUGAAGAACAAGAAACACCUGAACAAAAUUAGCGUGUUAAUAAAUAGCUCUCCAUAUGUACAUUGCACUGUUUACUGAUAUUAAAGUUGACCACUAAUAA